AUGCGCGCGCUCAGUGCGGUUUGCUUUCUGCUGCUUGCGCUCUCAUCCGUGAGGUGCAGCGCGUCGCAGGUAGAGGUGCGCGCUCUCGACACGUGGAGGCUGGAAGUGCGAUGGAACGCGAGCGGCGCGAGUCGGACGCACGAGGUGCAGGUGGCGCGCACGAGCCUCUUCCAAGUGGUGUUCCAGGGCAACGUGAGCGCACGUGCGCCGCUCAGCAUGUGGGUAUGGAAAUCAGAGCUUCCACUGCAGUGCGCGGACAACUCCGUGCGCGUGAGAAGCGUGUUCAACUCGACUGCGGUCAGCGCGUGGAGCCAGUGGGCCACUAACCACGGUCAGCAGAACGUUCCCUCCACCAAAGCCAGACUGUUCCCCAUGCAGGAAGUUCUACAGGAGGGAACCUCCGCCCACUUCUGCUGUAUCCCACCAGCUGGAGCUCAGGUGACUGAGAUCUGGUUCUCAAACCGAACUUAUGAAAUGACCCCCGUGGACGAGCACGUUAGAGCCAUCGAGGUGCCCUCACUCGAAUUUAAAGAGCUCGGGGUGACGUUCUUCUGCAGGGACAGCGCCGACUCCGGGAAGACCGUUCUAAACUACGUUACCUUUCCUCCGGAGAAGCCGCAGGACCUGAGCUGCACGACGAGGGACCUGAAGAUUAUCACCUGCGAAUGGAGGCGUGGCCGACAGCUGGACGUGGCUCACCCUCUCCGCCGCUGCCAAUACUCGCUGCGCGUCCAAGACUCAGGUGAAGUCCAGUGUGCAGAGGAGUCCUGUGAAUUUGCCGCUCUGCCGGGCCGCGGCUUCUACAACAUCAGCGUCGUGGUGAGGAACGGUCUGGGGGAGGAGAGCCAGAGUUACGCCUUCAACAUCUCACACAGGGUGUUUCCUGUUCCUCAGUAUGUGCUCGUGUCUCCGGGGGCAACAGAUGUGGAGGUGUCCUGGGAUUUAAAAGGGAAUUUUACUGGCCUGCACUUUAUCUGCCAAAUCACACUGGAGCCGACAGGAAAAACAACCGAGUGGCAGUUUUUCGUAUCCGACCCUGAACAGCGUCUCCGUGCGACUGUGCAGCCACUGCAGCCGAGCUCUCAGUACUCCACCAGGGUGCGCUGUGCACUACAGGGCAACGACUGGGGAUCAUGGAGCCCCACCGACACCUUCAGCACAGAGCCGCUGGUGACGCUGGAUAUCUGGACCAGCAUCAGAGACCAAGUUCACGAUCGCAGCCUCAUCGUUCUGUGGAAAACUUUUAACAGCGGUUCAGACUCUAAUAUCGAGGCAUUCGAGGUGUGCGUGGUGCAGGACUCGACUCGGAGCAGCGCGUGUGUGAAGGUGACGGAGAUGAAGGUGAACUUCACGGUGGCCUUUGGACAGUGUAACGUGUCGGUGCGAGCGGUCACCCUCAGAGGAUCUUCCAUAACGUCAUAUAUGAGCGUGCAACCAGAACCCAUGCUGAAGGAGAAGAGGAUUGUGGGUAACUCGGAGGGUUUCCUGCUGUCCUGGUCCACGCUCUCCUCUGCCACAUGCGGCUACGCUGUGGAGUGGUACAUGACGGGUAAUGCCGUGGCAUGUGAUCUGCGGUGGAGGAAGGUCUCAGCCAAUCAGACGUCACUAUCCCUCAGUGCAGAGGGCUUCAGGAAGGGCCACAGAUACACCUUCAAAAUCUUCAGCUGCCAGACGGAAGGUCACCGACUUUACGAGAAGCGCACUGGCUAUCUGGAGGAACAGGAACCGCUAAGCGCCCCGAAGCUGCUCUACCCUCCGAGCAUCUUCUGGUCUUCAUUAUUACUGCAGUGGAGCUUCGACGAGGAGGAUUCAAAACAUCCCGGAUUCAUCACAGGAUACAGACUGACCAUACAGGAGCAUGCAGGCUGGACCUACAGGUUUUGGAACAUCUCUGUGGAAGACCCUCACUCUAAGUCAGUGCCGGUGAAGGAGGAUCAGCACUACACUGUCCGACUGGCUGCCUGUACACGAGCAGGCUGUGGACCCGAGUCCGUCCACACCAUCACGACCCCGCAGAACCAUUACUUGCUGAUGGCAAAGGUCAUGACCCCUCUCCUCAUAUUGAUUGGCUGUUGUUUUUGCCUGUGGCCGUGCAAAGAAACGCUGAAAGGAAUCGCUGUGGACAUUUUCAGCUUCCCUUCAGAUCAGAGGAUGAAGGUGCUGGAGCUGGACGACAGUCUGUUUGAGGUGAGCGAGAUGCUGCGGGUGCUGCAGGUGGAGGACUGUAAGUGUUGUAAUCUGGACUCUGUGGAUUUGAGGAGCAGCAUGGAGGAGAAAUCGUGGCUGAUCUUCACUGAGGAGCGCUGUAAACCUGCGGGACCUUCUCUGUCUGAGGAAGAGCUGGCGUGGGAUGAGCUGGCUGCUGAGAGGGUGACAGGCAUGACCAACCUCACCUACCUGUCCUCGCUCCCCCCGCGCACAGCUUCACCUGCACUGGAGUCCAGCAGGAGCCACAGUGCCAAAUAUGUCGCCUCUUUCAACACCAACGACUACGUCACCUCCUUUAACACCACCGAGUACAUCACCGCCGUCAGCCCCGGCGACUACGUCACCUCCAUCAAAUCCGGCGACUACGUCACCUCCUUUAACACUGGCAAGUACGUCACCUCCAUCAAAUCCAGCGACUACGUCACCUCCUUUAACACCACCGAGUACAUCACCCCCGUCAGCCCCGGCGACUACGUCACCUCCAUCAAAUCCGGCGACUACGUCACCUCCUUUAACACCGGCGACUACUUCAGCUCUGUCAGCCCAGGCAACCAUGUCACCUCCGCAUCCACAGUAACGAUGUGACUCAGCACAGCUUUUACACGGAAAGAUCCAAAUCAGUUUCAAUACGCUGUAAUUAUACUGAUUGAUACUGUAAGUGUGACUCGCCGCUGAAAAGUCACAGUAUCGCGCUUUCAUGCAAAAAAAAGAUGCGCCUGCUUUACUUAUUAUUUAGCAGAAAUGUUUUCUUUUAUUGGUGUCAUAUAUCAGUAUUGUUAAGGCCAGUAUGGCGAUAACAGUUAAAGGCAAGCUAAUCUAUUAAUCUCUUUGAUUACGAUUUGACUAACGACUCAAUCUAGUCAAUGUAUCAUGUAUUUCUCAUUAUAUCGUCUGCUGUAAUAAUAUUAGACUACUUAACCUAUUUCUAGAUUUUUACUUUAAACGAUUUCUAAUUUUUAUGGAGAAGCGAAGUCAUAUCGCCCCCUACACUUCCUGUAGUGUAUUACAGUCUGUCAGAGUGACUGUGUGGAUCAUAUGAACAUUAUAGAGCUUUUUAAAUGAAACGGUAG